AUGUCUUUUGUCGUGGAUGCCAUCAGAAAAGCCCGCACGGCGGCGUCCGACGCCAUUCUCGACCGCGUGAGUCUCUACUGCCUGGCGCCCGUGUCGACCAACGCCCGAAGUCUCCGCAAAGAAUACGGCAAAGGCGCCAUUUCGGCGUGUGAAAACGACAGCGACAGCAUUUUGCCCUGCGAGCCGCUCCGCGUGGAACAUGGCGAGUUGGUGGAUGCAAGCGGCCGCACGCGUUUGCUCAAGGGAAUCAACUUGGACGGCGCCAUGAAGCUUCCGGUUGCGCCGGCACUAACUUCUGCCGACGGCGACUGUUCCAUGACGCAGAAUGUGUUUUUCGACGGCGACAGCGUUCUGUUUGUGGGCCGGCCGUUUGCCUUGGACGACGCCGAGGCGCAUUUCCGCCGCAUCAAGUCGUGGGGCUACAACACCAUCCGGUACCUCGUGACGUGGGAAGCCCUUGAACAUGCGGGGCCUGGCGUCUACGACGACGCGUUUGUGGCAUAUACGGUGGAGAUUCUCCGCGUGGCGCACCGCGUGGGCGGCUUGUACGUGUUUUUGGAGUGCCACCAGGACGUGUGGAGCCGUUUCUGCGGCGGCAGCGGCGCUCCCAUGUGGACGCUCUAUGCGGCGGGGCUCGAGCCGACCCGCUUCGAUGCUACAGAGGCCGCCAUGCUCCACAACUCGCCGCGGUUUGCGUCUCUGCCCAGCGACCUGGACUGCUACCCGAAAAUGCUCUGGACCACCAACUACUGCCGUUUGGCGCUGUUGACCAUGUUCACGCUCUUCUUUGCCGGCGAGACGUACUUCCCGCACUUGCAAAUCAACGGCGUCAGCAUCCAGACGUACUUGCAGGACCGCCUUUUUGGCGCUUUGGACCAUCUUUGGCGCGCCGUGGUGGCUGGAGUACCCGAAAUGGUCGAGUGCGGCUCGCUUUUCGGCUUUGAGCUGCUCAACGAGCCCAACCCGGGCUUGGUGGGCCACCCGGACUUGAAUGCGCUUCCAGAUCACCAGCAGCUCCGUUUAGAUACCACCCCAACGGUUUAUGAAAGCUUUUUGUUGGGCAUGGGCCUUCCGGUCAACGUCGACACCUACAAGAUCUCUGUCACUGGGCCGCAGAGAGAAGGGAAAAAGCUCGUCGACCCACGCGGCCAGCGGGCGUGGAUGCUGGUCGAAGAACGAGACGCCUGCGACAAAAAGUACGGCUGGACUCGCCAAGGCUGGCCCGACGGGUGUAUUUUCUUGGCCGCAGGCAUCUGGAAGUGGCGCGAACACGAGUGGAGCAAGGUGUGUAACCUGUCGCAGGCGGCGAGGAUGGAGUUUGUUCAAAACCAUUGCCGGUUGCGCAAGCCGUACUACUUCAGCGAGGUUUCGCCGCGGCUUUCGUUCAAAACUGUUGAUGAACGGCUCCCGCUGGUGAUCGACAGGGACUUUUUCAUCAACAACUUCUUCGUCGACUUCUACAUGCGACACAAGAAAAUGGUGCGUUCCGUGUGUCCUGGGGCGUUUGUGCUUAUUCAGCCUCCGGUGCUUGAGCUCCCGCCCAAAUUGGUGGACGAUCUGCGGUCCAUCAUCGACGAAAAGACAAUCUACUGUCCGCAUUACUACGACGGAAUGUCGUUGAUGUUCAAGACUUGGAAUUACCACUAUAAUGUCGACACGUUGGGCAUCAUGCGCGGCCGCUACUAUAACCCGGUCUUGGGCAUUGUGUUUGGCGAACGGGCCAUCCGUAACUGCAUCAAAAAACAGUUUGUCGAAAUCGUCCGCGAGGGAAGAGAGUAUCUCGGCAACAUCCCUGUUCUCAUGUCCGAAACCGGAAUGCCCUUUGACAUGGACAACAAGAAGGCCUACGAAAACGGCCGCUACCAGUUGCAGACUUCGGCGCUAGAUGCCAUUUCCGUUGCGUUGGAAGCGCUGAAUAUGCACCACACUUUCUGGUGCUACACCAGCAUCAACUCGCACAAAUGGGGCGACCGCUGGAACAACGAGGAUUUUUCCUUCUGGUCGCCCGAGGAUAGAGAUUUGAUGUUUGACGAUGAAGACGCACUGCCAAGCAGAUCGAGCCGAAGAAGCAGCGUCACUCCUUCGCUCAAAUCCUUUCGUCUGCUUCGUGAAACUGACGGCUAUCAGCUGGUGUUAAAGGCCAAGUUGAGCUACAGAAGAAAACGCUUAGUUGACAAUGCAUUGAAGUUGGCCUUUGGAGAGUCGCAGGAUAAAUCCGAAUUGCAAGACGCAGAAUCCACGGCCAGCCUAACUGACAGUUCGACUUUGAUCAGCCUCUCAAGCGACGACCUUCGAUAUCGCCAUUUGAAGAAGUGCUAUCCGUCGCCAGAUGGGGUUCGUGCGCCCAGCGCUGUGAUUCGGCCAUAUUUGAUAGCCACCGUUGGCCACGUCAAGUUCGCCGAGUUUGAUCUCAAGUCGUCAAAGUUUACAUUGACUCUCAAUUUCGAUGGUAAAAAACGCGAUAAGCUCCCCACUGUGGUAUUUGUGCCCAAAUGGCACUACCCCUACCUCAACUAUAGCGACAUCCAUUUGACGUCUGGCCAUGUGUUGUACAAUGAGCGACUUGAGUACUUGGAGUGGUUUCACCAGGAGGAGGACGGAACAAUAGAUUCUUCGCGGGCCGACGAGUCUCUCAUCAUCAAGAAUAGCAGCGGGAGAAUUGAGGACAUUGCACCUUCCAGCAGCAGCAGACGUUCUUCCGUGGGGCUGGUUGCAUAG